AUGAAUGCAUUAAAGUCUGCUCAAAAAGAAAAAGUUAGACAGUUUAUGGCGUUUACUAGUGCAAGUGAACGUAUUUCUAUCCGAAAACUCAAAGAAUUCAAUUGGAACGUUGAAGUAGCAGUUGAUGCAUUUUUUAACGAUCAACCUAGUACUACUACCUGGAGAUCAUUUGGAGGAGGAGGUUUACAAGCAAAUACUGAUACUUAUAAACUUAAUCAAAUUUUUAUGAAAUAUAAGGAUGCGAUUUUGGUGGAUGGAAUGGUUGAAUAUUGUAACGACUUACAUGUGGCACCGGAAGAUGUUGUUAUGUUAGUUAUUGCUUGGAAUUUGGAAUCGGAUAAAAUGUGUGAAUUUAAACGUCAAGGAUUUGUUAAUGGAUGGUCUAAAUUAAGGUGUGAUUCUAUCGAAAAAAUGCGUGCAGCAAUACCUCGACUUCGACAGUCGAUGAAGGAUGAUAACACUUUUAAAGAAAUUUAUCAAUUCACUUUUAAAUUUGGACUGAAUGAAAAUCAAAAAUCUUUAAGUCUUGACGUAGCAAUAGAAUUUUGGCGAAUGUUAUUAAAUGAUCGUUGGCCGCAUCUUGAUAUAUGGAUAGAUUUUGUAAAAGUUAGAAAAACAUGGCAAAUCUAUUUCCAAGGAUACAUGGAACUUGGCGCUUGGCCAGUUCUUAUUGAUGAGGUAUGA